AUGCCACCAGCAAAGAGAGGUCCUCAAUUCAGUGUGCAGGAUGUGAUUGCUGCCAUCCAAAAUGGAGAAAGUGAUUUUGAGAUGGAAUCAGAGGACAGUGACACUGCUAUGAGUGAAGUAGAGGCAUAUGAAGAGUGGACAAAGAAAACCAACAACCCAAUGACCCCCCAGUCAGUGAUUAUGUGGACAUCGAGCCCCAACCAAAUAAACACACCAAGCCUUGACAGGUAUCGCUGGCUGAAAAAAGAUUUUAUCAGUCCCAACACUGAUUUUUCUGGUCCAGAUAUCACAGAGGAUGUCAUUUCCCUCCACACACCACUGGAGUACUUCCAGAAGUUUGUGUCAGAAGACAUGAUUCAGGCUUUGGUAGACAACACCAAUGAGUACAGCUUUCAAAAGAAUGGAACAGCCAUUAACACAAAUACAAAGGAAAUUGAGAAACUGAUUGGCAUGUACCUGAAGAUGGGCCUAGUACAAAUGUCUGGAGUCCGUAUGCAUUGGGAGACAGACACACAGUACUCCCCUGUUUCUGAUGUGAUGUCACGCAACAGAUUCCAAUAUCUGUUGACAUCAUUACAUUUUGUAAACAUCUUGAAAGUGUCAGAGAUGGAAAAGAAAGACAAACUCUGGAAACUCAGACCCUGGCUUGAUACAUUCAGAGAGAAAUGCCUGCAGGUGGUACCAGAAGAACACAACUCUGUGGAUGAGAUGAUGAUUCCUUUCAAGGGGAAAUUCAGUAGCAUCAAGCCACACCCAUGGGGGUUCAAAAUGUGGGUGAGAACUGGAAUCUCUGGCAUGAUCUGUGACCUUGAUGUGUACCAAGGCAGUGUCGAUGGGAUACGAGCCAAGUCUGAACUUGGAUUGUCAGGUGAUGUUGUGAUGAAGCUUGCCUCCACGCUUCCAGAAUGUCAGAACUACAAGAUCUACGCAGACAAAUACUUCACCUGUGUCCCAUUGGUAGUGAAGCUCCUUGAUCGUGGAAUUCAUUAUGUGGGAACAGCCAGGCAGGUGAGCUUACCCAACUGUAACCUUGAAGACGAGAAGAGCUUGAAGGAAAAAGGGACAGGAAGCUUUGACAUCCGAGUGGAGGCCAACCACAACAUCUGUGCUGUCAAAUGGUAUGACAGCAGAGCAGUCACACUUGUGUCAUCCUUUGCUGGACCAGACCCUAUGCAGAAAAUUCAAUGCUGGGACAAAGCCAACAAAGUCUACGUAGAAGUUGAGAGGCCUUCCAUUGUGGGUACUUACAACAAGUACAUGGGAGGUGUGGAUUUGUUGGACUCGUUUACGGCCAAAUACAAGUCCCCAAUGAAAUCCCGACGCUGGUACGUGUACAUCUUCUGGCACACCAUCAUCCUUGCUGUGAUCAACGCCUGGCUCCUCUACAAACGGGACUGCAAAGCUCUAAAGAUGCCAAAGCAGGAGAUCCUCAACAGGAGACAGUUUCAGGCAGAUCUAGCAUCCUCUCUCAUUCUGGUGAACACAGUACCAACAGUGACAUCAAGGAGCCCAUUGAAUGCUCAGAAGAGACCAUCCUCAGAUGAUGGGAGUCCACCAAACGGGGCCCCAUCCAAGAGAUCCCACCCUCCACUGGAUGUACGCAAGGACCUAAUGGCACAUUUUCCAGUGAAGACAAAGAGAGGACGCUGUAGACACUGCAAUAAAGGGAGUGUGUGUUUGUUUGUGCACGGCUGGAUUUACCCGCCCUUCGCUUCCCACUGGGUCUCCCCUCACUUCCCUCACUUCCCUCCUGUUCCUCCCACUCUCUGCUCGCCGUGUCCGUAA